AUGAUCGGACCUGCGAGACAUGUGCGGGUGCAGACACCUGACGACCCUAAUCCUUCAAAUGCUCAGACUCCUGAAAGUGAUAUCAGUCCUCUUACCUUCUAUGAAUACCUUCAACGAGAUCGAAAGAAAGAUUUAUCAUAUCGGUGCCGUGUGCUCGGUAGAUCGCAAACAUUUGGUGGGGGGUUGCCAGUAGUGCAGGGUCCAGUACAUGAAUGCGUCGAUUUCCGCAAGGUCGAAUUAUUAGACAUGGCCCAGCGGUAUGUCGAAGCCGAAUGGGAAAAACCACUGCGACAUUAUUCAGUGUACCUUGCCCAAUUAUUGCACUGGCUCCUACUCCUGACCAUUUUCAUGCCUUUGAAUCUCGUGGUAUUAUUUGUAUGGCUACCCAUUGUGACCCUCAACUCAAUGAGAAAAGAUCCGCUACCACAAAUAAAGUUUCCUCCUUACCAUUGGGCCCUCAGGAUUAGUUUAUGGGCUGUUUUCGUUCCUUAUGCAAAAAUAGCCUCACAUGGCGGUUUGCAAGAAAUGCUAUUCCUCUGGAGUCUCCAGCCUCCAUACCUACAUGCCAAGCAAGACCAUCUAGAAUUAGGGAAGGCCUUGGUCCAAGAGAGAAAGAAUCGACUUGAACAUUUAAAAUCAAUCCAACAAGCUUUGGCCCAGGACGAGCAUAGAGCUCUUCAAGACUUGAAAGAUGCGUUACCGAACAAUGAGGAAGAAGAUGAGGCCUUCAGCUCCGGGCUCAGACGAGUACGAGAACUGAGACGAGUACGGACUGAGGCAUGGCGACGCAGCGUGGGUGACUCCCAGUUUGUGAAGGACCAGAUUGCGGCGAUAAUUGCAGAGAUCCACGAAAUUUGCGAAGCUGCCGGGACUCAGACCAACAAGGAAUUGACAGGCUAUGCAGGCGUUUCUGAUUGGGGGAAAGAAGCCCUCGAGGCACGUUCGGGGUUCUUCAACGCGAUGUCUGUCAUCUGUGUUCUCGGUGCUGGUUUGAGCUAUUCAUCUAUCAUGAGCCAACGUUCAAAUCACCCCUUUGCGACACCGCUCUUUUGGGAUUUCGUGAUCGACAUUCUACAGUAUGGGGCUCUGGCGACCGUGGCCGCUGCUAUCGUCCUCCUUGUAGUAUCUGUCCAACUCCUCACGGUUCCCCAUAGUUCUGCUAGCGACGCAAUACAAACUUUCUCCCCAAAACCAGCGGCAUACGCGACAUAUGCGCUUUUUGGCACUAUUCUUGUUAUCGUAAUUGUCGCCAUUUACGUAUUUUGGUCUGCUAACGGUUUCGAAUUCUUCUUGGCUCAGAGAUUCGUCCACCGCCACCACGUGAGGACGAAGGGGUUGGAAGAUUUUGUCUCCUAUCCUGACUUUUAUGAAGUCUGA